AUGGGAGGAGCUGUGUCUGUUGAAAACGCUGAGAUCAUUUACGUUGCCGGAGAUGGCGCCAUUGGGCUCACAGAGCCGUUCGCUGCCCGCUUCGACAACGACAUGCCAUUUGACAUCAAAUGCCCCGUGGUCACCCGCCAGCACGAAGCUCUGAUCAAGGAGAAUUGGUCUGCCAUCUGCCAGGGCACUUCCGCGUUUGACGCGGUCAAGCACGUGACUCCGACAAAGUUCUUCUAUCGGACGUUCUAUAACAUCUUGUUCGAGACGGCGCCUUCGCUGCGUCCGAUUUUUCGAUCCAACACGACCAUGCAAGGCAAGUCGUUGGCGGGGAUUGUCAAUACCCUAGCCACAGUCAUCAAUGGUAGCGACAUCGUGUGGGCGGCCCAAGAACUCGCCAAACGGCAUCUCAAGUACGGGGCCAAGAAGGAACAUUACACGGCGGUGGGCCAGAUUUUGCUACAAACGCUGGAAAUCGUGAGCGGAGAAAAGUGGACUCCAGAGAUUUCUACGGCGUACCUGACUGCGUACAGCUUGAUCUACUUUGUGAUGCUCCCCGUGAUCCUAAACAACGAGCCUGUCGAGAUCACAGAAAGCCUGCCCGCGACGAUCUCCAAGUCGGAGACAAUUUCAGCGACGGCCAAGCGACUCACGUUGACCUUUGACUUUAACUUGCGGUUCCAUCCGGGCGAUGCGAUUCUUCUGGGGCUGCCUGUCGCCGAAGGGGGAGAAGUGAAGCGGCACUAUACGAUUGCCUCACUCAGUGUCGAAGGGACCAACACCAUCGACAUUGUCGUGGACGACGUGAGCGCGUCGUCGCACUGGCUCGUCACCCAAGCGACUGGAGCGACCGUCAAGUUGUACUGGAUUGAGUCAAACGUCCGGUUUGAGAUCGACUCGCCCGAAUCCAUUCCCUCAAAUGUCGUGUUUGUGAGUCAUGGGGUGGGGUGCGUGCCAUUCCUGGUCAUGCUGGAGGGACUGUAUCGCAUUCGAGAAUCGUUCCACGGCAGCGCCGUGACGUUGCAAGUGGCCCCCAACCAAGCCGACGUGGACGCGUACACUUCUGCGGUGACCUCUACAGAAAAGCCCAUCGAAUGGGAAUCCAGUUCCAUCCACUAUGCGCCAACUGUCUCGGCCGACAAGCUCAAAGACAUUGCGCCAAAUCUUGCGCAUAGCGACUUGUACGUGUGCGGCCCUGCUGACUUCAUCGCAACCACAGAAGAAGCGUUCGUGGCCGCAGGGGGAUCCAAGGAUCGGAUUCAUGUGUAUUCGUUCGACAAUGCGCAGUUGGGGGCGCGGAAAAUAGAAUGA